AAUGAAACUUCGAUUUCAUCAGCAACAAGCGAGGGUAGAAAGAUGAAAAUGGUGAAGAAGACGGAAAUUGAGGAAGUUUCCGACAAGAAUCGCGGGUUAGCAAGUUUCGAUGAGAAAAUGUUGUUUGAGGUUUUGAAACACGUGGACGCAAAAAUGUUAGCGUUGCCUGACUGUGGGAACAAAGAGUGGCACAAAACAGUGCAAGAUGAGAGACUUUGGGAGCUGAUCUGUACGAAACAAUGGGCGAACACUGGUUGCGGUGAACAACAGUUGCGAUAUGUGGUUCUUGCUCUUAGUGGGUUUUGUCGUCUUUAUUCUCUAUAAUUUUACCUCUUAAAACCUCAAACAUCAUCGUCAUCUUCUUCAACAUCAACGUGUUCUUCGUCUUGGGGUCCAAUACCAAAGGUGAUUCGGUCGAAACCUUUACCACGUUUAGGGAAAGAUGAGAAUCAUCUGUCUCUUUCUCUUUGCUCUAUUCGUUAUUAUGAGAAGAUGAAUUUCAAUAACAGAAACCUAUGA